UUCAGCAUGAACAAGUGGACAUUUUUUGCCCUUGUUUUGCUCGAUCUCCACCUUUCCUUGGCCAUGAGGGCUUUCCAUGGAGCCUGCCCAUCAAACAUGACAUCAGUUAGCGACUUGGAUAUGGAUCGUUUUAAAGGAAAGUGGUACACUCACUCCCUUUAUCCUCCUCUCUCAUUUCGAAUAGGAAAAUGUCAGUCAACGGAAUUUUUGGAAGACACUGCGGAUAAAUUUCACGUUAUUGCCCGUGAACUGAGUUUGACAACCGGUACAGUAAAGGUAAGAAAAGCGGAUAUUAUAAAAAUAGAGGCAAACAUGGGAAGGUAUAUUUUGGGCACAAGAAAUACAGCAUUUCCUGAAGGCGUGCUGAUUUAUGUACUGGAUACGGACUAUGAUAACUUUGCCAUACGCUUUAUGUGCUUCGAUGCCAGCCACAUUUUCAGUUUUCACUGGGCUGUCAUCCAGACACGUAAACGUUUACCCCCCCCGGAUAUAAUAUAUUUGGCUCAGCACUAUGCACAUAAUGCUGGGAUUGUUGUAGGUGACAUGAGUAAAGUUGCCCAGGAGUCAUGUCCUGAAGAUACUUAACUUUUAUUUUCCUUCUUUUGAUAUGUUAAUAAUUAAAAUAUGGAGCACAAAUUUAUAAAAGUUGUACAACAAUAAUUGAUUAAACUUGACAAAGUUAUACAGUUUAUUGAAGAGUAA